UUUCACCCUCAUCAGGCGUUUGUUGGCAAAAUGACGAAAUUCAACCUGUGGAAUCGUGUGCUUACAAACCAAGAAAUUAUUCAAAAGCUUGACUAUGGCAAUAUUUAUUCAUGGGACUUUUCAACCCUUUCGAUGCAAGGAACUGAAGAAAUUAUAAAUGUGGAUAUUUGUACUGGCGCUGUUACAUGUGAUCCCCAUUUCACCACAUUGGAUGGGCGUCAUUACAGUCACCAAGGCGUCUGCUGGUACACCCUGGUGAAAGACAGCUCCAAUCCCAAGCCAAAUUUCGAAAUCAUUGCUAAGUUUGAACCAAGAAAGGAUCAUCCUAAAGGAGAAAUAAGAACCCGAGUGGUAGCUCUGAAUAUAACUGUAGGCGAUGACCAUGCUGAAGUGGACCGACUUGACGUAGUUUCUAAACAUGCAAAGGGAGCACUGUCCAAGAUACAUAUCAUUCAAUCUGAUGAAAAUGUCUUACUAAGUUUCACACUCAAAGAUACUACUUUCAAGAUUGAUUGGACAUUACGAAGACACAUAUUCAGCAUUGAUAUAUCUGGUCUUGAUUAUCAAGAUAAGCUUCGUGGAUUAUUGGGUAAUUACAAUGGUGAUAGCCAUGAUGACUUUCAGAAACCUGACGGUACUAUGGCUAGUGACGCUGUUGAAUUCGGUGAGAGUUGGAAAGUGCCAGGAAUUGAAUGUGAAUAAUUGUGUUCUGUAAUCAAAGGCAAUAUUAAUGGUUUGAAGAAAUCGUUCCUAUUAAUUGUUUCGUAGUCGCGCACAGCUUCGUGUCGGGAAAUUCGUAGCUCUGUUCCACACAGUAAAAUGUUUCAACUGUCCAAGACUUUGUAUUUACUGGGAAUAUUCCAUAGCAAUAGUUUAUGUAUUUAGGUGAUACUGAAU